CCAAAAAAAAAAAAAAAAAAUCUUGAAUGAUGAUUUGUCUGCAAUAUUCAUUGUCCAGUGUGUUUAACCUUUCAAGCCCUGAGAGGGAUUGCUUUGCUUAAACAGUAAACACUGACUCCAAUGGGUUAAUUUUGGGUCCCAUUCAUCCACAGGAAUCAAUUCAAAUCUUUACUGCCUUUACAGCUCAUUUUUUUUUGUUAUAGGCUACUUCCUGCCUAAUUCUGUCAGUCAAUCUCUGUUUGAUUCUUCAAAAUUCUGAAUGCUCACAUGACAAUAUUAUAAUGUUCCAAAUAUAUAAUAAUGGGGUGCCUCUGAGAUGGUCAUGGGGGCAUUCCACACCGGCUUGAUAAAUUUCUGGGGUUUUAACUGUAUUUUCAGGAUCUAUAAAGAUAUUCAGAUAUGCCUGAACUGGUCGAACAUCUCCCUAAAUCGUAUCUCCUGCUGUGCAUCUUUGUUGUGUUCCUGUUACGUACUCUUUCUGGUGCAGAGAUUCCCUUAGGUUCAAAACUUUCUGUGGCCGAUAAAAACAUAUGGAUCUCUCCAAAUGGUGAUUUUGUGUUUGGAUUUUUUAACUGUUCAGACCAGCCAAACUAUAGUUUUGGGAUCCGUUUCAAUUCAAAAUCCAUUCCGCUUGACCAACAACUUUUAGUAUGGAGUGCUGCAGAUGAUCUUAUUCUUGGUAACGAUUCUUAUGCCCAGCUGACCCAGGAUGGUGAACUAGUUUUAUUUGAUUCCUUGAAGGGUGUCACUGCAUGGACCAGUAAAACAAGGCAAUUAUCAGUUGUUUCUGCUGCUCUUAAUGACAAUGGAAAUCUUGUUCUAUUGAAUCAAGAGAAACAUAUUGUUUGGCAAAGUUUUGAUUCUCCAUCUGACAUACUUCUUCCUGUACAGAACUUCUCUACAUUUCAAACACUUCGAGCUGCAAGCAGGAAUAGUGUGUCCAGUUACUACACUCUUUUCAUGAGUGCUUCUAGUCAGUUGGAGCUUCGAUGGGAAAGUCAUGUCACCUACUGGACAAGUGGAAGCCCUCCUAGUUCAAACCUCAGUGCUUUCAUCACUUCUGAUGGAGCCCUACAACUCCGUGAUCAAAACUUGAAACCUGUGUGGUCACUAUAUGGUCAAGAUCACAAUGACUCUGUAAGUUACAGGUUUCUUAGGCUAGAUGUUGAUGGUAAUCUCCGGUUAUACUCAUGGGUAGAAGAAUCAGAGUCAUGGAGAUCAGUCUGGCAAGCAGUUGAGAACCAGUGUGAUGUCUUUGCGACCUGUGGCCAACGUGGCAUCUGUGUUUUCAAUGAAUCUGGGUUCCCUGAUUGCGAAUGUCCAUUUAGGCAGCAGACAAAUGAGUCCACUUCCAGAUGUUUUAUACCAAAUCAUCGGUGUGCUUCUGGUUCCAACAUGCAUCAUUAUAAGCAUACUUCUCUACAUGGAAUGUACCCACCAACUGAUGAUGUAGUUGCCAAAGUUAGUCUAGAGAAAUGCAAAAGCUUGUGUCAGAAUGACCUGACUUGUACAGCUACAACCUUUACAAAUGAUGGAACUGCACGAUGCUUAAUUAAGAGAACACCGUAUGUAACUGGCUAUUCAGACCCCUCACUGAGUUCAGUAUCUUACGUGAAAAUGUGUGCAGAUCCAUUAGCUGUAAAUCCCAAUCUCUCGUUGCCUUCCCCUCCUCUCAAUCGGUCUCAUAAGUUUUGUUUCCCUUGCUUAAUCGGAGCAGCCUCAGGAGUGUUCGUCGUAUUUGUUUUAGUUCAAUUGGCACUUGGUUUCUGGUUCUACAGAAGAAGAAAUUUGGAUAGGAAGAAAGCCGCGUUUGCUCAUACCAGCCCAAACUCGAAUGGUUUGAUAGUGUUAUCCUUCUCUGAAAUAGAGGAGCUUACAGAGAACUUCAAAUAUCAAAUUGGGCCAAAGAUGUUCAAAGGUGUUCUUCCAAAUAGAAAACAAGUUGCAAUCAAAGAUGUGGAUGCAAGCGUAGAAGAAAGAAAAUACCGGUGUGUAGUUGCAAAGAUAGGAAACAUUCAUCACAAAAGCCUUGUGAAGCUGCAGGGCUACUGUUGUGAGUUAGAUCACAGAUUUCUGGUCUAUGAAUAUGUCAAGAAUGGUUCUCUGGAAAAGUAUAUAGAAGAUGUUAAACUGUGUAAGAAGCUGACUUGGGGGAAGAGAUUUGAUAUAUGCUUAAGUGUCGCAAGGGCCAUUUGUUAUCUGCACACAAGCUGUAGGGAAUUUAUGAGCCAUGGGAAUUUGAAAUGCGAGAAUGUGGUACUGGAUGAAAAUUUAGAGGCCAAGGUGACUGAAUUUGGACUUGGGAACAUAGUCAGCAAGGCAUCAUGCUCUUCAUGCUCUUCUGCAGAGAGAGAUGUGGAGGACUUUGGUAAGAUGGUGUUAGUAUUAGUAAGUGGGUGUCGAGUUGGGGACCUUUGUGAGUGGGCAUACGAAGAGUGGCUGCAAGGGCAUCCAGAGAAUGUGGUAGAUAGGAAAAUAAUUGGUGGGUUUAUUGUGCAAGAGCUGGAACGUGCUUUAAGAAUUGCAUUUUGGUGUGUCCAAACUGAUGAACGUAGAAGACCUCCAAUGAGAGAGGUGGUUAAGGUCUUGGAGGGCACCUUGAGCGUUGAUCCACCACCACCCCCUUUUGCUUGUCAAGGGCCACUUGAUGACGAAGAGGAGCCGUAGAAUCCAGCUGUAUGGAAGAAAGUUUAUUUUAUUUUUGAAAUGUCUUCUCGAGUUUAAGCUGUGCAUAGUAGGACUAACAACACAAUGACAAUUUAGCUUUGUGUUCUUGUCUUUGAGAUAGUCCUGACAAGAGAUUUUCACCCUAUCUGAGCUAUUAUAAUGAAAUGCCAUUUUCCCAUCUAACUUUUGAAUUUCGUGUUUAACUUUGGAAUAUAUUUUGCAAUCUUGCGGUCUCUGUUCCCCCGCAUAUAAGAGUAAUCAUGACAAUCAACGCCCUGCUCUCUUCCAAGUAGCCAAAUCCAGUUUUCUCAGGUCGUGGAGUAGGUUGGAUUUGCCAGAGUUGUAGAACGUUUGAAGUUCCGCGUAUUCUUGCUUGAGAUGAACGCACCAGCUAAUGCUUUUGUCGGAAACUAAGGCUUGUAUGGAGAUGCAGAGGGAGUCGGACUGAGUGCAUGCAGCUCCUCCGGCAGAUAUUUAUGUUCCAGAGCGUAAUAACAACUAUUAGUGAGUUAAUAAAGGCAAAAUUGGUGUUGUUAUCCU